GGACCGGACCGGUCUGCAGUUCUCCUUCAGCUCAUUCACAUUCAGGUCCAGAGAGCCGGUACCAGAUUACCGGGCCUCAGUUAUCAGAUCAGGGACGUUUUUGUCAGAAUUUCAGAACCGGCUGGAUCUAUAGGGCAGAACGGAUCAGAACCUUCAGAUGAUUCAUGGUUCUGUCUGAUGUCAGCUGGCCCGUUUCUGACCCGGUCAGAACAAUCUGGCUGCAUAACCUGCAUGGAACCUGCAGAUUACCGGGGUUCUAAUCCCAAUCUGUGAGCAGCAGGAAUGAUGUAAACAAACAGGGAGAAGCUGCUGAGGAGGCGGGACCAUUCCUCACAGUGAUGACAUCAUCUCCAGCCAAUGGGAGCAGGCUCUGGCUCUGAUGAUGUCAUGUGAAUCCAAUCAGAUCAGACGUGCAUCACUGCAGUGGGCCGCAUGAGCAGCUGCUGCCUUUUACUGCUGCUGCAUGAUAACAAUGCUAAAUAAUCUGCUGCAUGAUAACGAUGCUAAAUAAUCUGCUGCAUGAUAACGAUGCUAAAUAAUCUGCUGCAUGAUAACGAUGCUAAAUAAUCUGCUGCAUGUUGGGUAGAAAUAAACACAUUCUUCUUAAAGUUUAAUUGAAAUAAUUUGCGUUUCUUUUAAUUUAAUCUGCCCAGGUUGUGGAUUAUUCUGAGUCUUUCAUGUCAGUGUGUUGCCGUUGGAAACCAGUUUUCCUUAUCGGCGCUCAGUCAUGAAGCAACAGGAAGAGGAACGAGAGCACAUUUAAUUUUUAAUCAGAUAAAAAUCAUGACACUAGCUUGAUGUUUAAUCCUCCAUUAACAUGCCAGAGCCAAACCACAAACCAGAUGAGAUUAUCUGCUGCAAUAAUCUGUGAAAGUAACACCAGUCAGCUUCUGGCGUGAGAACUUGUUCAUCACAGUAUCACAACCUGUCAGCUCUUCCAUAGAAGUCAGUUUUCCUACACCAGCCUCCUCUGUGUCACUUCUUUUGGGAAAGUGGAUGGAAGCAGCUAGAAAUCCCAUUUUUCUACAUUUUUAUAUUAUCGUGAACCCCUGGUAUUCACAGGGUCAGAGUUCACAGCUAAAAUCCAUCAAUAUGUAAGACCAUCACAACAAUUCAGUUCAAAUUCAGAAGUACUUUAUCAAUCCUCAGAGAAAAAUGUAAAAUUGUUUAACUUGUAUUUGAAGUUUCUUCAGAAUGUAAUGUAAAUUAGUUAAUAUCACAGUCUCUAAUUACUUAAAGACCCCGAAUGCAACAUUUUCAAUUCUUCAUAUUUUCAUCUACCACAUGCAUCUAAUCUAAUAUGCACCAAUACCCACAAUGACUAGCUGGAGGUGACUAGGCGGAGCUGCGUUCACAGUCUCUGUUUCAGGCUGCAGGUACAAAACUGUUGACUGUAAACAUUGACGGUGGGGAGCAACAUGGCUGCUGGUUCCGGAUCGUUCUCUGACCUCCAGCUCGUCCUGGUUCCGUUUGGUUUGCUGUUUUAUCAGCAGUUUGUUCAUUGGAGCUGUUUUCUUCCUGUCAUCACCGACUCUUGAAGUGUUUCUCGGUUUUUAACCUGAUGUGAACACAGACAGGAAGUUGAUGAAAUGUCCUGAACCACCAUCUUCAGACCUCUGCUUUCACCCACUUCCUCUCCACGCUGUCGCCUCGUUUCAUCUCUGUUCUCUUUGGCUCGGGUUCGGACCGCUCCUCUCCGUCUGCAGAUUACACAGAGGGACAGCCAUGCAUGCGGGCCUGGCUCAGGCCAGCCUGGAUUAUCAUCUGGACUCUAAUCCAGAGAGAUGGACACAGGUUGGGGGUUAAGGGAUUGGGUGGGCUCUGCUCCAGUCAGGCCAGAUAUUCUGCUCAAAUGAAGCCAGAUUAAAUAAUCUGUGUUUUACAUGUAUAACGGUCUGGUGGUGAACGUGAGGCUGCAGUUUGUCCUUCAGCUCAAACCUUCAGUUUUCCUCUGCCUGGUCAUCCUUAUCAGAGCAGCAAGGCCUGCUCUGCCUCCUCCUCCUCCUCUUACUCCUCCUCCUCGGCUGCAGAGGGAUUAGGGGUCGGCUGACAGACGGCAGCCCGUUACCGGCUCUUGUGUUCGGGCUAGUGGGUUGGGUCGGUCCGGUACCGGGGAGCUUCGCCCGCGGGACGCCGCCGCUUUCCGAUCCGAGGCAGAGCGACUGAAAGGCGGCCGAGCGGCGGACGGUGAUCCGCCCCCCCUGCCCGGAUCCCCGGGCUUUCUGAGUGAGCUCACCGGGGGAACAGACGGCCAGCGGCGGGCCGGUCGGCGGUUCUGGGCGGGUUUCAUCGGGACCUCUGCCGACUCAUGACAUGUUUGACACGGCCAGUAACUCUCCACGCAGCACGCCCGGCAGCUCCCCCUCCCUGCGACGGAGGGUCCUGGGGGGGGGCAAGGCCAGCGAGGGUGAGGGAGGGGUGGGCGGCGCCGACAGCCCUCUGCCCUCCGUGCCCUCCGCCUCCUCCCUGUCCUCCGCCUACCCCCUGGCCUCCCGCCACUUCAGCCGUAACGCCAAGAAAAUGCAGAGCUGGUACAACGUCCUCAGUCCCACGUACAAACAGCGCAACGAGGACUUCCGAAAAAUCUUCAAGAAGCUCCCCGACUCCGAGCGGCUCAUAGUGGACUACUCCUGCGCUCUGCAGAAGGACAUUCUGCUUCAGGGACGCCUCUAUCUGUCAGAGAACUGGCUCUGCUUCUACAGCAACAUCUUCCGCUGGGAAACCACUAUCACCAUCCAGCUAAAAGACGUGACGUCGAUGACAAAGGAGAAGACGGCCAAGCUGAUCCCCAACGCCAUCCAGAUCAGCACCGACAGCGAGAAGCAUUUCUUCACGUCGUUCGGCGCCAGGGAGCGCAGCUUCAUGAUGAUUUUCCGCCUGUGGCAGAACGCGUUGUUGGACAAGUCUCUGUCCCCCAAAGAGCUGUGGCACAUCGUGCACCAGUGCUACGGCACCGAGCUGGGCCUGACCAGCGAGGACGACGACUACGUCUCUCCCACCAGCGAACACAUCAACGGCCUGCUGCCGGGAGAGGAGUCCAUGUCGGUGGCAGACCUGUUGGACCUGAGCACAGUGUCGGCGCCGUCCGCCGGCAGCUCCCCACCUCCCGUCCCGGUCCACUGCAGUCUGACCAGUCCAGCGUCCGCCCCCAUCCUCAGCGGCGCCUUCCCGCCCCCCUCCGCCGCCUGCCAGCCCAUCGAGGUGCCGUCCUCUUCAGGAAGUAGACCCGGCCCAGAACCCAUGGAGCCCAGCCCGCCCAGCUGCCACGGCUCGCUGCUGGCCCUCACCGCCUCAGUCUCUGCAGCCGCAUCGUUCACCCUGGAGGAAGGAGGAGACAGUCAGCCCGAGUCGACCAAUCACAUGCCGCCCCCACCGGCCGCCAGCCUGGGAAACCUCUCCUCAUUGGACAUCACCAACGACGAAGAGCUGCCCACCGAUCCCAGCAACUCGUCCGACACGCAGGAGGAGACGUCGGGCGAGGUGGAGGCGUUCUGUUCGAACCUCAGCGGCCGCCUCAACAUCAACACGGCGGUCCGGAUGAGCGUGGACAAGCUGCACGACCUGCUGUUCUCCGCAGACACGCACUUCCUCCAGCACCUGUUCUCCCAGAGGCACUUCACCGACCUGUCGGUGGGCGAGUGGCAGCAGGACGGCACCAGCGGUACCAGCAGCCGGGUUCUGAGCUACACCAUCGCCCUCAACAACCCGCUGGGCCCCAAAACCGCCCCGGUGGUCGAGACGCAGACGCUGCAUAAGAGCUGCUCCAGAGGCGAGUGCUACGUGGUGGACUCGGAGGUCAUCACCUCUGGGAUCCCCUACCAGGACUACUUCUACACCGUCCACAGAUACUGCCUGACCUCCAUCAGCAAACACAAGAGCCGCCUCAGAGUUUCCUCAGACAUCUGCUACAGGAAGCAGCCGUGGAGUCUAGUCAAAGCACUGAUAGAGAAGAACACCUGGAGCGGCAUUGAGGAUUACUACAGGAACAUGGAGAGCGAAGUGUGCAAGCUGGAGACGCUGCUGCAGACCGAGGUUUCCGUGGUAACCACAGGCGACGCCGCGGGCGCCGACGCCAAGACGCCGCCGUCCCUGCGACGGCGAAAGCGCGCCUGCUCUCGACGGCAGAGCGAGAGGGAGGGAGGCGGUGUGGAGGCGGGCGAUCGAGGGGAGCGAGGCGUCGGGGAGGAGCGGAACCGCAGGGAGGCCAGCUCUCCGUUCCUCAAGCUGGGCGAACGCGGGCGCGCCGGCGGACACGGCGGCAUCUCCACCGUCCUCCUCAUCGUCAGCUUCAUGAUCUGUAUCAGCCUGGUGGUGCUGGUGGCUCUCAACAUGCUGCUGUUCUACAAGCUGUACGCUCUGGAAAGAGCAGCUCACACACUGGAGCGGUGGCACUCCUACUCUGUGGCCGACAGUCCUCUGCCCCAGACGGCAGGCGAGUGGGCCCAGGUUCUGCACCUCCAGCGGCAGUUCCACCAGGCGCAGCUCAGUAAGUGGCAGCAGAUCCUGCAGUCCUCCGUCUCCCUGCUGGACCAGAUGAAGCAUUCCCUGGAGAAACUCCACAGGAACAUCGUGGUUCCGGACGGGGAGCCGGAUCCGCCCGCUGACACAGAGACCCUGUCUGAGACCUGACCUCUGACCUCCGACCCGACCCGCAUUCCCCCCCCCCCCCCCCGGUCUCAGGACUCCGACACUUCCUAUCAGAACCCAGUCCUGGGUGGGACAGACAGAUGAACUACACUACCCACAAUCCCCCUCUCCUGCCUGACUUGAAGUCGCAUCAGACGCCUUUAGCUUCGACCAAUGAGAAGCUUCCAGAACCACAGCAAUAAGCCCCUCCCCCCACCGCUCCAUGUACAUGAGCAGAACCGGGCCACAGGCGGGCCCCCGGGUUCCAGACUGGUUCCUGACCUGCUGCGUGGCGCCGGGACCGGUUCUGGACCGGUUCCGGCCGCAGACGGACCUCCUCAGUAUUUAUUAUUACCUCCCAAGUCUCGUCCUGCUUGAACAAGUCAUGUGAUGGCUGUUCUGCGCUCUGAUUUGCUGAUGUUUGGACCAAUAGGAGAACGAGGUUCAGCAAUAAUGAAAACCUUUUGCUCUUUACGAAUGUUUCUCUGAAAACUAGUUUAUUAUAAUAAUUAUAAUGAUAAUAAUAGUGAUGAUGAGGAGGAGUGCGUGAAGAACGAGGAGAGAGUGCGUCGCCAUGGUUACGUUAUCACAUGCUACUUUUUCUCUUCAGUGUUUUUGUUUCUUUUUGCAAAUUUCUUUUUGUGUCCAAAUCUUCAGCCGAGUCGGAAUGAAACGGACCAAGCAGAACUUUUCAGGCCCGGAAGAACAAAAAGGGAAACAGUGUUUUUUUUGUUUUGUUAUUUUUUGUGAAAUUAAUCUGAAUUUACUCGUCAUUAUUUUGUAUUUUUUCACUUCCUGUUCUAAUUCUCUGACUGAGGAACGCUGUCUCUGCUUUUUGGGGUUUUGUCCCGACUUCAGCGGCUGCAGAAGCUGGUUGGCCCUGCUGUGCACGGUCGUCAUGGAAACGAGAGGCUGGUGUAUUUAUUAUGGAAGGAUGAGGAGAGAAUGUACUGUAAAAUUGUGAUUGUACAAAACAAAAUGGAGAAAAAUGAAAAUCCUAAAACAUGCAACAACUCUGAGGGUUUUCUUCACGUUAUCUUGAAAAAUAUCAAUUAAAUGUUUAGAAAUAAUAAAUAAAAAUUUUAAUUAAUAAA